CCCUCCUGCCCUUCCCCCAGCAGGCCAAGGUUGGUGACAGCCUUCAUAUAUUUAAAGAGGACAAGAGCCCCUCGGACUCAGUUGAGCUGAACAGAGACCACACAGGCAGACUUGACCUUGACCAGAUAGUCUUCAAGAUGCCAAACUGGGGUGGAGGAGCGAAAUGUGGAGCCUGUGAAAAGACCGUCUACCACGCAGAAGAAAUCCAGUGCAACGGAAGGAGUUUCCACAAGACAUGUUUCCACUGCAUGGCCUGCAGGAAGGCUCUCGACAGCACAACAGUUGCGGCUCAUGAGUCAGAGAUCUACUGUAAGGUGUGCUACGGGCGCAGAUACGGCCCCAAAGGGAUCGGGUAUGGACAAGGGGCUGGCUGUCUCAGCACGGACACGGGCGAGCAUCUCGGCCUGCAAUUCCAACAGUCCCCAAAGCCUGCACGCUCAGCCACCACCAGCAACCCUUCCAAGUUCACUGCCAAGUUUGGAGAGUCCGAGAAGUGCCCUCGAUGUGGCAAGUCAGUCUAUGCUGCUGAGAAGGUCAUGGGAGGUGGCAAGCCUUGGCACAAGACCUGUUUCCGCUGUGCCAUCUGUGGGAAGAGUCUGGAAUCCACAAAUGUCACUGAUAAAGAUGGAGAACUUUAUUGCAAAGUUUGCUAUGCCAAAAAUUUUGGCCCCACGGGUAUUGGGUUUGGAGGCCUUACACAACAAGUGGAAAAGAAAGAAUGAAGAGGUGCACCAUUUCUCAGAUUUUUUUGCCAGCUCAAAGCAUUUGCCAAGUAACCCUGCAGAGAUGGAUACCUUUCCCCAAACAGCCUCUCCUGUGUAGUUAUACAUUAUUUGUUUCUCUUCAGAAGUGAUCAUAGCCUUUACCCAAUGUUAGAAGAGGCCUUUGGAAGAAAAUUAUUUAAAGUUUAAUUUGUAACAAAUGCUUUAUUAUUUAUAAUACUUGGAGUGGGAAGAGGCAAUAAAUAAAUGUUUUAGUGCUAUCUUGUA